UCUGGACCUCGGAUUCUUUGAAGUUCUUCCGACUAGACAAACCACAUAGGUUCGACAAUGAUAACAACAACAACAUGGUAAGGAUACAGGUACCGCCAGUACCCCCUGUCAAUCCAUGGCGCAUGGAGUCAUGGAAAGUCCAUUUCCGUGCUAUACUCCGCGAAUGUUCCUAUCUACCCGAUCCCGUUGCGAAAAGUUACAUGCAUGAUUAUGUUGUCCGAAGAUUUCGACGAUACGUGAUAGACGAGCGGAGACCUUGGAUAAAAUAUGAUCUCGAGCGGUUGAUUAUGCUCUUCGAUGAAUCAAAAGAAACGCUGUCGCUUCUGAAGCGGGCGAACCAAGGAUUUAUCAAACCGCUCGAAAAAGUCAUUCGAAUGGCAUAUGGACGGAAAGGGAAACGGAGAAAGGAGUUGCUGUACGCUCUAAUCUCACCCGAUAUUCCUGCCGAUACUAUGGCUGUGCAACAGAUUCUUCAGCGGCCCGAACCGUACGGAGACGACUGGAAGCCCCCUUCGAUCGUGAUUGAACUAUUGAAAUCGCAGCAAAACAACGGAAUUCUCUCUCAGCUAGGCGUUCGCCAAGUGAAAGACCUGAACCCUGUCAUACCCAAGAAGGUGAUCUCCGGGGACGGAGUGGCUAAAUCUCGAAGGCGAAACAUACGGAAGGAAUGGUAUAAUGAUGUUCUGGAUCACCUCCUUCCGCCACUACCUGAACCAGACCUCAGCACCUUAGAAGGCUUGAUGUCGGGAGAAAUACCAUGGUCGCCACCGAGAGAAAGGAAAACAGUGAACCUCUCCAACAGACAAAAGAGAGCUAGGGGGGCAGAACGCGAGCAUCUAAGAAAACUUUUAGAGAGCGGUCCGGCAAAAGGUCAGACUUUCAGAGAGUACGCCAAAGGACGUCCUCAUAUCAUUACGCGACGGCUUAUGCAAAGACUCUGGAGGCGUACAAUGUGCCUUAUUCCGCGCAUGGACUGGGAUGACGUUGCUAAAAAGCACUACUUCACAUGGGACCCCGCAAAACCGAUGCCCCAGCUAGGUAUUCCUGGCGCACCUGAAAUAUUUGAAGCUGUUGAUCCCCGAGGGAAGGUAACUGGGCGGGAGAGCUUGAGACCCAUUAGGGUAACAGGCGAGGGGUUCCUAAGUAGGCCAGGCGAGAUACCUAGCCGGCCCGAUAGCAAGUUGCCCCGUAGGGUCUCAGGCGAAGGAUCCGAAAAAAAGCCAACUAACAGGCCAGAUAGCAGGUUGCCUCUUAGGGUAUUGGGCGAAGAAUCUGUGGAGUCAUUUCGCAGGUCAUAACACCCAGUAAGAUGUCUAAAAAGGCAUCCAGCAAGUGGUGAACAUUAGGUAUAGGCUUGAUGUCUUCUAAAUCCUAAAUUCUUACGAUUCUCCAUCGAAUGAAAGUACGACAGCGCCGUUGGUGUAAAUACGAUAUCCAGCUACAUAAAGCGCGCAGGGUUAGCAUCCUGAUAAUUGUGCAUACAAACCAAAUCAUAUUGAUCGGUCACAGUCGAAGCCGCAGACGGAAGAGCGCACGAAAGAGCCCUCUGGAAGCGAACUAGACUUUAUCGAGUGUACCAUAUCAGCUCUAAUAAUCUCUUGUGUGGCCAGGACCACAUCAAAUAUUACAACAUCUUUUCU